AACGUCUGACCUGUCUAAUGUACACACACUGUUCCCACAAUGAUUUGAGGUGACUUUGAGUUAUGUUUAGUUAUUAAAUAAAGACUUUUAUUUGGAGGUUUGUUCAGCACAAGUUUUGUAUUGUUAGUCUGUGUUGAAAAGAGAUUUUUAUUGUGGUUGGUUUAGUUUUUUAUUAUGAGCACUCACCAUCCUGAUGCAAACUAGACAGAGUUUAGGCCUUAUAUAGCCUCCAUCUUCAACAGUGUGUUGCUAAAUAUGAAUAUUAGUUAAUAUGUCUAAAAUUGCUGAUGUAAAUAUUAUUUGGAACAAUAUAUAGGAAAAAUUGUAAUAAUCUGCUGUUUUACGCAUUCUUCAUCUUUACCACUUGAGACCUUAUACUUAUAUACAGUCUUUGCUUUACACCCAUGGUCUAAUUGUACUGUUUUAGCUUGCUAACUUAAAUUAAUGGUGCAUGAAAUCUGAAUUGAUUUCUAAAUGUAGGUCCAAUGGCAAAGGACGGCCACCACUGGAGGGCCUAAACAUUGACCUGUGCUUGAAGAGAAGCGUGAUAAACAGACAUCACUACACAAGUACACAAGUACUGGCCUUGCCAAGGUUUUUGAGAUCUCAACAUAGUUCACUUGGAACUACUACUGCAUUUCAGGGCAAAAUGUUCUCCACACAAUUGAUCGUCACAUUGCUGACCACAUCCUUUAUAGCACAGAUCACUUUUACUUAUGACCUGCAGGACACCAUUAAGAAACUGAGAGAUGAAAAUGCCUACCUUCAACACAGACUGGAGAACAUCACUCAAGCACUGCGUGAGCUGAGGAACCUGAUCUUGGAUCACUCGAAAGACGGAGGAUUCUCAGGGACCAGUGUAGACCAUAAGACUGAGCAGCUGCAUGCCUGGAAUGAAUGGAUUCGAAAUGGUAUCAGUGCUGAGACGCAUGUCAUGUUGCAGCAGGCAUUCUGUUGGAGUGAUCUUCAUAGCUCUGCUGAUCUAUGGCUGCCAAUACACUUAUGUCUUAUUCUUCUUUCUUGCAACUUCUUGUUUAACUUCUUGUUAAUUUAGCAGGAGUUCAUAACUGUGUACACUGAUUACAGCCUGUUUACUGGCCAAUCAACAGGCCUAACAUUUUUAUUAUUAGUUUACUGUUUGAUCAUUUGAAUUUGUAGUAUAUUUAGGGUUUAGUGAUUAGUAUAGAGUUUUAUAUACAUUUUUGCAAUCAAUGCUGCAAUGUAAAAGUUUUGUAAUUUGAAUAAAAAUAUGGAUAAAAAAAUA